AUGACGUAACAGACGAUACAUAACCUAGAAGGUUCUAAAUAAUUUUGUUCCUGUCUGCUAAAAAAACAGAAAUCUGAAUAUCUUUUUCUUCCCGUUCUAGUCGUGAAUAAAGAAAUCACCAUGAGUGAACCAACAACAACGAAAGAAGCAUGUGAUGCGGCAACAGAAUCCGCCACCGGUGGCGUAAUUCCCAUGUCCAUCACGGGCCGAAUGGCCGAUGAAAGGGAAAGAUGUAUCGGCAUGUCCGCAGAAGAACGUGCUUGGCGUGCACAAUGGUGCAAAGAUCAAAUUUUAGAACAUGAUGAGCCCACAAUCCCCGAGGGUUAUUACGAAGCUAGAUACAAUCCAAUUCGGCGAUUUUACAGAGCACCUAUGGACAAAUUGGAAAGGGCUCUCACCCCAAAACUGGGUCUUGAGAUGGCUGAAACGAUUCGUCACUGUGCAGCUAAAACUGCUAUUGGCAUUGGACUCGUUUACCUCACUUUUUACUACUUCAAAUACAAUUCAGCGACGAAUUCUAGACUUGAUGGCCGGUCACGAUUGGAGUACCGAAUGAUUGAAAUAGAAUCGAAAUUAAUGGAACAGGUGAAUGGAUCUGCUCGUGUUCGCCUAGGAAAUAGUGAUAUUAUGGCUGGAGUAAAAUUGGAAAUAGAUGCACCAUUUCCUGAUAGUCCUUUUGAAGGAAAACUUGAAUUUUUCGUCGACUGCUCAGCUAAUGCGACACCAGAGUUUGAAGGAAAAGGAGGAGACGACAUAGCAAAUGAAAUUAGCCAUGUUCUUUCACGAACCUACCAGUCUCCUCAAACUUUUGAUUUGAGAUCACUCUCCAUUUUGCCCCACAAAAAAUGUUGGAAAAUGUUUGUCGAUAUAUUGAUUCUUCAAUGUGGCGGAAAUUUGUUUGACGCUGUCGGUGUUGCUGUUAAGGCAGCUUUGAAUAGCACAGAAAUUCCUAAAGUAACUUCAGCAACAGUUGAUGGUGCAGAAGCCGAUAUUCAUUUAUCGGAUGAUAUUUACGACUGCACCAAAUUAGACGUUACAAAUUUUCCGCUAUUUGUAACAGUCUGUAAGAUCGGAGAUCACUGUAUAGUUGAUCCUACAUCUGAAGAAGAAAUGUGCAGUGCUGCAAGUUUGGUGAUUUCUGUAAUGCCGAACGGAAAAAUAACAUCUACUGUCAAAAAAGGAUACGGGAGUCUUCUUCCAGCUACUUUAAUGAAAACAAUAGAGAUAGGUACAAGAGUGGGAAUUCAACUCAACAACGCGGUUGUGAAACAAUUAAAAAGAGAAGAGGAACUUGGACCUAAGAAGCCUAUUUAUGGAUUUCUCAGAUAAUUUUUAAUACUAUUGUAUGUCCUGGAUUACAAAUUGAUUUCACGGAUUACAAUUAGAAUACUUUAGCUUAAAACUGGACUAUAUACCCUGGAUUAUAAAUGGAUUACUCAGCAACACUGGCAUCUGAAUUAUAGUAUAUUGACGUGGAUAAUAGGGGAUUAAACUUAAUUAUGUUGGAUUAAACUGGAUCGUAUUGGAUUAUUAUUGAUUAUAGUGGAUUAUGGAAGAUAAACGGGAUUAUAGUGGAUUAAACUGGAUUGAAUUGGAUUAUUAUUGAUUAUAGUGGAUUAUGGAAGAUCAACGGGAUUAUAGUGCAUUAAACUGGUUUGUUGUCGAUUCCAGUGGAUUUUGUCGAUUAAACUGGAUUGUGGUGGAUAAACGGGAUGAUAUCGAAUUAAUGUGGAUUAUAGGGGAUUAAACUUUAUUAUAUUGGAUUAAACUGGAUUAUAGUGGAUUAAACUGGAUUGUAUUGGAUUAUUGUUGAUUAUAGUGGAUUAAGAAAGAUAAAUGGGAUUAUAGUGGAUUAAACAGUAUUGUUGUGAAUUAAACUGGAUGAUAGUGGAUUAAA